CGGGAAAGUCAAGAUGGACGCGACCAUUUGAACGUCUCGGGUGAGAGGUUCUCCCGCACGCCUCCCUGUUGUUAGCAGUCGUGUCCGCAGCUGCCGCCCAGUCUUCCUCCGGAACAGGGGAGGGAGAGGGAAUGAGAAGCUGCAGUGGCCGAGGAGUCGCCGUGACCAUCCCCGCCGCUACUCUUGGGCCCUCUCGGUCCCCUCGCCUCCGGAGAGCAGCCGGGGCUCGCCGCGCCUGACGCGUCCCGAGUCACACAGAAAUAAUGUUGAUAUUUGGAACCCAUGUCGAACUUCUAUGAAGAAAGGGCAACAAUGAUUGCAGCCGGGGAUUUGCAGGAAUUUGUUCCUUUUGGUCGAGACCACUGCAAGCACCACCCUAAUGCUUUGAACCUCCAGCUUCGCCAGCUUCAGCCCGCCUCCGAGUUAUGGUCUUCUGAUGGUGCUGCUGGCCUGGUGGGAUCCCUUCAGGAGGUUACCAUCCAUGAGAAACAGAAGGAGAGCUGGCAGUUAAGGAAAGGUGUCAGUGAAAUCGGAGAAGAAGUGGAUUAUGAUGAGGAACUCUACAUGGCUGGAAAUAUGGUUAUCUGGAGCAAAGGAAGUAAAAGCCAGGCAUUGGCUGUUUAUAAGGCAUUUACAGUUGACAGUCCUGUUCAACAGGCAUUAUGGUGUGACUUCAUUAUAUCACAGGAUAAGUCUGAUAAGGACUACAGUAGUGAUGAAGUGGAAAAAUGUAUAUGUAUAUUGCAAAGCUCAUGUAUCAACAUGCAUAGCAUAGAAGGAAAGGAUUACAUAGCUUCUUUACCUUUUCAGGUUGCAAAUGUCUGGCCCACCAAGUAUGGAUUGCUUUUCGAACGAAGCAACUCUUCAUGUGAGGUUCCUCCAGGCCCACCCAGGGAGCCCUUACCCACUCUGUUCAGCAUGCUGCACCCGCUGGACGAAAUCACGCCCCUCGUCUGCAAGUCUGCAGGUCUUUUUGGUUCAUCACGGGUGCAGUAUGUUGUAGAUCAUGCAAUGAAAAUUGUCUUUCUCCACACCGAUCCCUCCAUUGUCAUGACCUAUGACACUGUUCAAGGUCUGCAUUCUGUGUGGGCCCUCCGGAGAGUCAAAACAGAGGAAGGGAGUGCUGUUUUGAAGUUCUCUGAACAGGGGGGCACCCCCCAGAACGUGGCCACCAGCAGCUCGCUCACAGCACACCUCAGAAGCCUCUCCAAGGGCGACUCCCCGGUGGGCUCCCCCUUCCAGAACUUCUCCUCCAUCCACAGCCAGAGCCGCUCCGCGUCCUCGCCCAGCCUGCACUCCCGCUCACCUUCCAUUUCCAACAUGGCGGCUCUCAGCCGUGCUCAUUCUCCUGCCUUGGGAGUGUACUCUUUUUCAGGGGUGCAGAGGUUCAGCCUUUCAAGCCACAGUCAGUCUCCAAAGAGACACAGCUUUUCUCAUUCUCCAAGUAGUAAUUCUAAUGGCUCCUUUCUUGCACCAGAAACAGAGCCCAUUGUUCCGGAACUUUGUAUCGACCACUUAUGGACAGAAACAGUUCCUCGCCUGAGGAAGAAAAAUUCACAGGCCUCUAAAGUCUUUAUUACAUCUGACCUAUGUGGGCAGAAGUUCUUGUGCUAUUUAGUAGAGUCGGAGCUCCAGUUACGAUGUGUAAAGUUUCAGGAGAGUAAUGAUAAAACUCAGCUCAUCUUCGGCUCUGUCACCAACAUCCAGGCAAAGGAUGCGGCGCCAGUGGAGAAGAUAGACACUAUGCUGGUCCUGGAAAGCAGUGGAAACCUGGUGCUGUAUACAGGAGUUGUGCGGGUGGGUAAGGUUUUUAUUCCUGGGCUGCCAGCUCCUUCCCUGACAAUGUCCAACGCGAUGCCUCGGCCCAGCACCCCGCUUGAUGGCGUCACUACUGCUAACCCUCUGAGUAAGCUGCUUGGAUCCCUGGACGAGGUUCUGGUGUCCCCAGUUCCAGAACUAAGGGAUUCUUCAAAGCUUCAUGAUUCUCUCUAUAAUGAGGAUUGUACUUUCCAACAGCUUGGAACUUACAUUCAUUCCAUAAGAGACCCUGUCCGUAACAGGGUGACGCUAGAACUGAGUAAUGGCUCCAUGGUGAGGAUCACUAUUCCUGAAAUUGCCACCUCUGAAUUAGUACAAACUUGUUUGCAAGCGAUUAAGUUCAUUCUGCCGAAAGAAAUAGCGGUUCAGAUGCUCGUCAAGUGGUACAGUGUCCAUAGUGCCCCGGGAGGGCCCAGCGAUCAUUCAGAGUGGAACUUAUUUGUGACCUGUCUAAUGAACAUGAUGGGUUAUAACACAGACCGCUUAGCAUGGACAAGAAAUUUUGACUUUGAAGGAUCACUUUCCCCAGUCAUUGCACCCAAAAAGGCAAGGCCUUCUGAGACGGGAUCUGAUGAUGACUGGGAGUAUUUACUGAGCUCAGACUAUCACCAGAAUGUUGAGUCUCAUCUCUUGGACAGAUCUUUGUGUUUGAGUCCUUUGGGAGUGUCACAGAUGAAAGAUGAGGAUUUUUCCCAGAAUCUUAGUUUGGACUCUUCUACACUUCUCUUCACUCACAUACCUGCAAUUUUUUUUGUUCUUCACCUGGUCUAUGAGGAACUCAAGUUGAACACUCUAAUGGGAGAAGGCGUUCGUUCACUUGUUGAACUUCUUGUCCAGCUGGCGAGGGACUUAAAAUUGGAGCCUUACGUAGAUCAUUACUAUAGAGACUACCCAACACUUGUCAGAACUACUGGACAAGUGUGCACAAUUGAUCAAGGUCAAACAGGGUUUAUGCAGUAUCCAUCAUUUUUCACUCCUGAGCCACCUAGUGUUUAUCAGUGGGUGAGUUCCUGUCUGAAGGGUGAAGGAAUGCCACCCUAUCCUUACCUCCCCGGAAUCUGUGAAAGAGGCAGACUUGUUGUCUUGAGUAUUGCACUCUACAUACUUGGUGACGAAAGCUCUCUUUCUGAUGAAUCCUCACAGUAUUUAUCCAGAAUAAGUAUAGCCCCCCAGAAGCCACAAGCAGAACAAGAGGAGAGCAGGUUGAGUUUCAGGCAUUCUACAUCAGUUUCUAGCCUAGGUGAGAGAUUAGUUGUCUGGAUGACUAAUGUAGGUUUCACUUUAAGAGACUUGGAAACGCUUCCCUUUGGAAUAGCUCUUCCCAUCCGAGAUGCGAUUUAUCACUGUCGGGAGCAGCCUGCUUCAGACUGGCCGGAAGCUGUCUGCCUCUUGAUUGGACGUCAGGAUCUUUCCAAGCAGGCCUGCGAAGGAAACUUGCCUAAAGGAAAAUCGGUGCUCUCAUCAGAUGUUCCUUCAGGAACAGAAACAGAGGAGGAGGAUGAUGGCAUGAAUGACAUGAACCAGGAGGUGAUGUCGUUGAUAUGGAGUGAAGACUUACGGGUGCAGGACGUGCGAAGGCUUCUCCAGAGUGCACACCCCGUCCGCGUCAAUGUGGUGCAGUACCCAGAGCUCAGUGACCACGAGUUCAUUGAGGAAAAAGAGAACAGAUUGCUCCAGUUGUGUCAGCGAACUAUGGCUCUUCCAGUAGGACGAGGAAUGUUUACCUUGUUUUCGUACCAUCCUGUUCCAACGGAACCAUUGCCUAUUCCUAAGCUGAAUUUAACUGGGCGGGCCCCUCCUCGGAACACGACAGUGGACUUGAACAGUGGGAAUAUCGACGUGCCUCCCAACAUGACCAGCUGGGCCAGCUUCCACAAUGGCGUGGCUGCGGGCCUGAAGAUAGCUCCUGCCUCUCAGAUCGAUUCAGCCUGGAUUGUCUACAAUAAGCCCAAACAUGCCGAGCUAGCCAAUGAGUAUGCUGGCUUUCUCAUGGCCCUGGGCCUUAACGGGCACCUCACCAAGCUGGCUACUCUCAAUAUCCACGACUACCUGACCAAAGGUCAUGAGAUGACAAGUAUUGGACUGCUUCUUGGUGUGGCUGCUGCUAAACUAGGCACCAUGGAUAUGUCAGUUACCCGGCUUCUUAGCAUCCACAUACCUGCUCUCCUGCCCCCAACGUCCACGGAGCUUGAUGUUCCUCACAAUGUCCAGGUGGCUGCAGUGGUUGGCAUCGGCCUUGUGUAUCAAGGGACAGCUCACAGGCACACCGCAGAGGUCCUGUUGGCUGAAAUAGGCCGGCCGCCUGGUCCAGAGAUGGAGUACUGCACCGACAGAGAGUCGUACUCCUUGGCUGCUGGCCUGGCCCUGGGCAUGGUUUGCCUGGGGCACGGCAGUAACCUGAUAGGCAUGUCGGACCUCAAUGUGCCCGAGCAGCUCUAUCAGUACAUGGUUGGAGGGCACAGGCGCUUUCAAGCUGGGAUGCACAGAGAGAAACACAAGUCACCGAGUUACCAGAUCAAGGAAGGAGAUACCAUAAAUGUGGAUGUGACUUGUCCAGGUGCCACUCUCGCUUUGGCCAUGAUCUACUUAAAAACCAAUAACAGAUCCAUUGCAGACUGGCUCCGGGCUCCAGACACCAUGUAUUUGCUGGACUUUGUGAAGCCAGAGUUCCUCUUACUGAGGACGCUUGCUCGAUGCCUGAUUUUGUGGGAUGAUAUUUUACCAAAUUCCAAGUGGGUUGAUAGCAACGUUCCUCAAAUUAUAAGAGAAAAUAGUAUCUCUCUCAGUGAGAUUGAAUUGCCUUGCUCAGAGGAUUUGAAUUUGGAAACUUUGUCGCAGGCACAUGUCUACAUCAUUGCAGGAGCUUGUUUGUCUCUGGGUUUUCGAUUUGCUGGCUCAGAAAACUUAUCAGCAUUUAACUGUCUGCAUAAAUUUGCAAAAGAUUUUAUGACUUAUUUGUCUGCACCUAAUGCUUCUGUAACAGGCCCUUACAACCUGGAGACUUGCCUGAGCGUGGUCCUGCUGUCUCUUGCCAUGGUGAUGGCUGGCUCGGGGAACCUGAAGGUUCUGCAGCUUUGUCGCUUCUUACACAUGAAGACAGGAGGUGAAAUGAACUAUGGCUUCCACUUAGCCCAUCACAUGGCCCUCGGACUUCUGUUUUUGGGAGGAGGCAGGUACUCUCUGAGCACGUCAGACUCGUCCAUCGCCGCCCUCCUGUGUGCCCUCUACCCCCACUUCCCAGCUCACAGCACUGACAACCGGUAUCACCUCCAGGCUCUCCGGCACCUGUACGUGCUGGCUGCAGAACCCAGACUCCUGGUGCCCGUGGAUGUGGACACAAACAUGCCCUGCUACGCCCUCUUAGAAGUGACCUAUAAGGGCACUCAGUGGUAUGAACAAACCAAAGAAGAAUUGAUGGCUCCCACCCUUCUUCCAGAACUCCACCUUUUAAAACAGAUUAAAGUUAAAGGCCCAAGAUACUGGGAACUGCUCAUAGAUUUAAGCAAGGGAACGCAACACUUGAAGUCCAUUCUUUCCAAGGAUGGGGUUUUAUAUGUUAAGCUCAGAGCAGGUCAACUCUCCUACAAAGAAGAUCCAAUGGGGUGGCAAAGUUUAUUGGCCCAGACUGUAGCUAACAGGAACUCUGAAGCUCGGGCCUUCAAGCCUGAAACAAUUUCCACAUUCACUUCUGAUCCAGCACUUCUGUCAUUUGCUGAAUAUUUCUGCAAACCAACUGUGAACGUUGGGCAGAAACAGGAGCUUCUGGAUCUCUUCUCUUCAGUGCUCUACGAAUGUGUGACUCAGGAGACCCCAGAGAUGUUACCUGCAUACAUAGCAAUGGAUCAGGCUGUAAGAAGACUGGGAAGAAGAGAAAUGUCUGAGACAUCUGACCUUUGGCAGAUAAAGUUGGUGCUGGAGUUUUUCAGCUCCAGAAGCCAUCAGGAACGGCUGCAGAACCAGCCUAAGCGAGGGCUUUUUAUGAACUCGGAAUUCCUCCCUGUUGUCAAAUGCACUAUUGACAAUAUUCUGGACCAGUGGCUACAAGCUGGAGGUGACAGGUGUGUGCACGCCUACCUCAACGGGCAACCCUGCGAGGAGCCGCAGCUGAGCAUGCUGGCCUGCUUCCUGGUCUACCACGCGGUGCCGGCCCCCCAGCGCCUGCCGUCUGCCGGCCUGGAAGGGAGCACAAGCUUUGCAGAACUCCUCUUCAGAUUUAAACAGCUGAAGAUGCCAGUGCGGGCCUUGCUGAGAUUGGCUCCUCUGCUGCUUGGAAACCCACAGCCAAUGGUUAUGUGAUCAUGGCUGGUGGUAAGCCUACCCUGAAGCAUGACUUCUCCACAAAAAACGUGACCAAACGACAAAGCUAAAGAAACCUUUCUAAGUUUUAUAAUAUAGCUGGGGGAAAUGAGCUGCACAGACCUCAAUGUAUUUUAAAAAUCCAAGUGUUUCAAAUAUCCCAGAGAUUCUGUUGCUGUUGGCAUUAACGUGAUAGGAUAUAUAAAAAUGAGUUGAAAUUUUACUUUUGUAAAUAAAAUGUUUUGGUUUGUUUUCAAAA